AUGAAUUCGGUUGGGAAUAACCCACUGCACGUUGCUGCAUCCGCGAGGAACUAUCACGCUGCGGAAAUGCUGGUCACCAGAUUUCCUAAGCUGCUCUACCUUUCGAACAAUAUCAACAAAUUCCCCCAUCACGAUAUAGCGUUGGAUUUGAUUCACAAGUAUCCCUAUAUGGCCAUUGGUAGAGUUUUGGAGAAGAUAGCAUCCAGAUCAACAACAUUCUCCACGGACGAGGAUGAUCAACUCGGCUUCCGGAAACAUCCCAUAUACUGGUGUAUUUUGAAGAUUGAUAUGAAGCCACAAUCUUUGGAUAUUGAGAACCAAACUAUUCUAGCGCCUGGCAUUAAUUGGUUUCAUGAAAAGAAAUUGAUUCAUGAGAAAGCGCUGGAGCUUGUGAAAUAUUUAUGCAACCUUAUAGAACCUUUAGACUACAGACAAGCACAAACUAUCUGCAAAGACACCAUUAUAGCAGCAGCUGAAUCAGGAAAUAAUGAUGUUGUAGAGGAAAUUGUAAGGACACUUCCUUUUGCAAUUCAUACUAGGAAUUAUUUGAAUCAGAACUUUCUCCAUGUGGCCGUCAAGAACCGUUGUGAGAAAGGGUUUAAUCUCAUAUAUCGUACGAGCAACUACAGAAUCAACUAUUCAGAAGUAAUCGACAAUUCUGGUAAUUCAAUCCUUCACUUGGCCGCACGAUUGGCACCUCCUAACAAGCUCAAUUUAGUAUCGGGUGCAGCUCUCCAGAUGCAACGUGAAUUACAAUGGUUUCAGAAUGGUGAAACAAUUACUAGAGAACAUAGAGAGCUGAAAAUAGAAGGAGAGAAAUGGAUGAAUGAUACGGCUAACUCAUGUACUAUUACUGCUGCAGCUAUCAUAGUUCUUGGCGGCAACCAAUCAGAGUCUGGUUAUCCGAUGUUCUACAAGUCAAGCACAUUCACAAUAUUUGCAAUUUCAGAUGCAGUUUCGGUUUUUAAAAUCACCACUUCACUGUUGAUGUUCUUGUCCAGUCUCACCUCGCGUUAUGCAGAGCAAGACUUGCUGUAUGCACUGCCCAAGCGACUUUGCAUUGGUCUGCUUAUCCUUUUCCUGUCCAUCUUGUUCAUGAUGGUUGCCUUUAGUUCGACGUUGUAUCUAGUGUUUAGGCAGAAGAAGGCAUGGAUUCUAUUGCCAGUGGGUGCACUUACAUGUCUUCCCAUUUCUUCUUUCGUGUUGUCGCAGUUUCCACUUCUCAGAGAUGUCAUUUCUACCACUUAUUAUGGUCGUGGCAUUUUCGGCAAACAGAGUGAUCGUCCAUUUCACUAA